CUGCAAGUCCUACUCUACUCUAACUGGCAGUUCUGCUUCGAUUUGCAAAACCCAAAACCCAUAAAAAGCAAAACAGAAACAAAAACAAAAACAUAACCAAAACCAAAAAAAAAAAAAAAAACAGUAACAUAGUGAUAGAGUCGAGGUUAUGAAGUGUGUGGAGAUGAAAUUGUAAAAAAAGUUCAAGAAUUUAAGAAAAAAAAAAAAAAGAAUGAAGAGUUUGGUGCUUCAUUCACCAUUCAUUUCAAGAGGGAAGAAACUUCCUUUGUUAACAGCUUUGGUUGACACUCUACCAUGCUCCGCCACUAUAUCUAGAAAGACCAUCUCGCCCCCGUUAAGAUGUAGAGAGAAAUCAAGGUUGAACUUGGAGUGUGGCAAAUUCCGAGCCCAAGCAUCAAAUGUUAGUAUUGGACCUGGAAGCUAUGAAGGCCAGGGAGGAGAAGAUGACCAGAAAGUCUUUGCCAGUGUUCCACCCAGUGACAGUUCAUCUGAAAUUGAGAAGCCUCCUAAUCGAAUGCCUUAUCCUCUCUCAAUAGCUCUUGUACUGUUUGGAUGUGCUUUAGUGUUUUCACUGGUUAACUUUGUGAAGGGAGGACCUUCAUCACUCUUAGCAGCAAUUGCAAAGUCAGGCUUCACUGCUGCAUUCACAUUGAUAUUUGUGUCUGAAAUUGGAGACAAGACAUUCUUCAUUGCUGCACUCUUGGCCAUGCAAUACAAGAAAGGACUGGUUUUGUUGGGGUCAAUGGGUGCUCUUGGACUUAUGUCUAUCCUAUCAGUUGUAAUUGGACGGAUAUUUCAUUCUGUGCCUGCUCAAUUUCAGACCACAUUGCCAAUUGGAGAAUAUGCAGCUGUAACUCUUUUAUUGUUCUUCGGUCUUAAAUCCAUAAAAGACGCAUGGGACCUUCCAACAAAUGCAGUUAAAAGUGGUGACAAGAGUAGCCAUGAACUUGAUGAGUAUGUUGAAGCUGAGGAGCUUGUCAAAGAGAAGGUGUCAAAACGGCUCUCGAAUCCAUUUGAAAUUGUCUGGAAGUCCUUCAGCCUUGUUUUCUUUGCUGAAUGGGGAGAUCGCUCAAUGCUUGCAACAAUUGCUCUUGGUGCUGCACAGUCCCCAUGGGGUGUGGCAAGUGGAGCCAUUGCUGGACACCUAGUUGCUACAUCUAUAGCUAUUCUAGGAGGAGCUUUUCUUGCCAACUACAUUUCUGAAAAACUGGUUGGCUAUUUGGGGGGAGCGCUGUUCCUAGUUUUUGCCAUGGCCACACUUUUUGGAGUUUUCUGAUGAAGUCUUCUACGUCCAUGAGAGAGAGAGAGAGAGAGAGAGAGAGAGAGAGAGAGAGCAUUGUUUGCACAACUACAAUAAAACACUGCCACACACAAAGACCAAACAAUGAAUCAAUAGCGAAAGAGGUAGAAUAAGGAAUCCAACAUUUAACUGUUGGGGCUGUGUAUGAGAGGCAUAUAUCAUACUUCACGAGGCUCAAUAUUGAUCUCUUGUAGUUGUGCCUGUUGUUGUAAUAGAGGUAUUUGUAAGAUAGUUAGAUCUUUAGAAUGAUAUCAGAAAGAAGUUUUUGUACCUGAAUAUUUUCAAAAAAUCUAAUGAGUGAGUGGCCAUUGUUUCUUACAUUC